GUUCCUGGCGGUGUGGACAAGGUUCCUGUCGGGGAGGACAAGGUUCCUGGCGGUGAGGACAAGGUACCUGGCGGUGUGGACAAGGUUCCUGCCGGUGAGGACAAGGUUCCUGCCGGUGAAUACAAGGUUCCUGGCGGUGAGGACAAGGUACCUGGCGGUGUGGACAAGGUUCCUUCCGGACAAGGUUCCUUCCUGUGAGGACAAGGUUCCUGCCGGUGAGGACAAGGUUCCUGGCGGUGUGGACAAGGUUUCUGUCAGUGAGGACAAGGUUCCUGGCGGUGUGGACUAGGUUCCUGCCGGUGAGGACAAGGUUCCUGGCGGUGAGGACAAGGUUUCUCGCGUUGAGGACAAGGUUCCUGCCGGUGAGGACAAGGUUCCUGGCGGUGUGGACAAGGUUCCUGCCGGUGAGGACAAGGUUCCUGGCGGUGAGGACAAGGUUCCUGCCGGUGAGGACAAGGUUCCUGGCGGUGUGGACAAGGUUUCUGCCGGUCUGGACAAGGUUUCUGGCUGUGAGGACAAGGUUCCUGGCGGUGUGGACAAGGUUCCUGAUGUGAGGACAAGGUUGCUGCCGGUGAGGACAAGGUUCCUGGCGGUGUGGACAAGGUUCCUGCCGGUGAGGACAAGGUUCCUGGCGGUGUGGACAAGGUUUCUGCCGGUGAGGACAAGGUUCCCAGCGGGGAGGACAAGGUUCCCGGCGGUGAGGACUAGGUUCCAUCCUGUGAGGACAGGGUUCCUGCCGGUGAGGACAAGGUUCCUGGCGGUGAGGACAAGGUUCCUGGCGGUGAGGACAAGGUUCCUGCCGGUGAGGACAAGGUUCCUGCCGGUGAGGACAAGGUUCCUGGCUGUGAGGACAAGGUUCCUGGCGGUGAGGACAAGGUUCCUGGCGGUGUGGACAAGGUUCCUGCCGGUGAGGACAAGGUUCCUGGCGGUGUGGACAAGGUUCCUGCCGGUGGGACAAGGUUCCUGCCGGUGAGGACAAGGUUCCUGCCGGUGAGGACAAGGUUCCUGCCGGUGAGGACAAGGUUCCUGGCAGUGAGGACAAGGUUCCUGCCGGUGAGGACAAGGUUCCUGCCGGUGAGGACAAGGUUCCUGCCGGUGAGGACAAGGUUCCUGCCGGUGAGGACAAGGUUCCUGCCGGUGAGGACAAGGUUCCUGGCAGUGAGGACAAGGUUUCUGCCGGUGAGGACAAGGUUCCUGGCGGUGAGGACAAGGUUUGUGGCGGUGAGGACAUGGUUCCUGCCUGUGAGGACAAGGUUCCUGGCUGUGAGGACAAGGUUCCUGGCUGUGAGGACAAGGUUCCUGGCAGUGAGGACAAGGUUCCUGGCGGUGAGGACAAGGUUCCUGCCGGUGAGGACAAGGUUCCUGCCAGUGAGGACAAGGUUCCUGGCGGUGUGGACAAGGUUUCUGCCGGUGAGGACAAGGUUCCUGGCGGUGAGGACAAGGUUCCUGCCGGUGAGGACAAGGUUCCAUCCCGGUGAGGACAAGGUUCCUGCCGGUGAGGACAAGGUUCCUGGCGGUGAGGACAAGGUUUCUGCCGGUGAGGACAAGGUUCCUGCCGGUGAGGACAAGGUUCCUGCCGGUGAGGACAAGGUUCCUGCCGGUGCGGACAAGGUUCCAUCCUGUGAGGACAAGGUUCCUGCCGGUGAGGACAAGGUUCCUGGCGGUGUGGACAAGGUUUCUGCCGGUGAGGACAAGGUUCCUGCCAGUGUGGACAAGGUACCUGCCAGGUGA